AUGUCCAUGAUCUCCAUCGACGAGUGCUUCAGCUGCCCACAGCCACCCAACAUCAAGUCUGAGCGCCUCAAAGUCAAGGUCAAGAGCCAGGGGGCCAGCCUCACCGUCGCCGAGCUCAAGAAGGCCAUCGUCCGCAAGGGCUACCCCAGCCUCUGCGACCCAUCCCGGAUCACCCUCAUCCUGCCCGUCGGCCGCGGCUUUGUCCUCGACGACGCCAUGAUGGCCUCCGACCUCGAGCACGACGCCUCGCUCCUCGCCCUCAUCUCCUCCUCCCCCCGCGAGACCAGCAUCCUGCACGCCGACGCCGGCCUCAACAUCCCCCACAUCCUCUACGUCUACCACUCCAGCAACCUCAAGACCUACAUGAAGUUCCCCCUCGGCCUCAUGGUCCCCCAGGCCGGCCAAUGGACCACCUGGCAGACCCAAUGGGCCGCCUCCAUCCCCGAGAUGGUCCACCAGUUCACCACCAUCGGCUUCGCCCACUCCCUCGUCGCCCGCGAGGUCCAGCGCCUCGAGCACCGCCGCCUGCCCCAAGACCUCGUCUCCUCCUCCCACCGCGGCCCCGGCAUCCUCGCCCCCAGCCUCAUCCUCAGGCUCUGGGACGCCGCCGGCCUCAACCGGCUCGUGGCCUCGCAGCGACAGACCCUUCUGCGCAACCUGACCACCCCCUCAGAAUUCGAGGUCUACAGCGCCUCCUCCAGCUUCUCGGUCGACAGCGACGCCACCGAGGGCACCGUCCUCGGCGACCACACCCCCCCAUCCUCCCCGCCCCGCCCCAGCACCUCCGCCAGCCUGCCCCCGCCCGUCCCCAGCGUCGUCAUGGCCUCGCCCAGCGAACACGAGUCUGCCUACGACGACGCCUUCUACCAGUCCUUCGCGCCCCCCGCACCCACCGUCCACGGCAGCGACUGCUCCUCGGACUCCGGCCUCAGCGAGCCCAAUGCCCGCAUGGAGUGGACCUCCGGCCACGCCGACUUCGCCCCCAUGUCCACCUCCUCCCGGCUCAGCAAAAUCAUCCGAAAAGUGGAUGACUGCACUCGGCAGCGCGACCGGCUGGUCACCGACUCGUUGUCCGUCAAGCAGUCGGGCUGCACGGACGCCGACCAAGUGGUGGCGAUGCUCGAGCGGCAGGCCAAGAGCUUCGAGGCCGAGCGGCUCCAGUACUCACAGGAGCUCUCCAACCUCACCUCGGCGAAUGCCGCGCUGAGGGCCGAGGUCGAGGCCGAGGUGCGCACCGUCAGGGAGGUCUUUGAGGCCGUCGACCGGAUGCGCGAUCAGGACGUGGCCAAGCAGGCCAAGGAGGACACGCUCAAGACCCUCCAAGAGAUCAAGGACAACCUGUCGAACGUGCUCACCUGCUCGAUAUGCUGCGAGCGCUACGGCUCCCUCUCCGACAACGUCACCCGCCGGCCCAUCCACCUUUCCUGUGGACACAUCUUCUGCGCCAGCUGUCUGCACAAGGACUGGGCCCACCGCACCGCCGCCGGGCUCGAGCCCAACGCCCGCUGCUUCAACCGCUGCCCCAACUUCGACGUCAACAGACUCGCCGAGAUCUAUCUCCUCGACGACGUCAAGGAGGUCUUGGAGCAGCUCCCCGAUACCGAAAUGGCCCAGUAA